UAGACGUGGCGAGGAGUUUUAGGAAUGUUAUAUUACAUGUAGUACAUGGUUAUGAUAACGUUAUUAACGUGUGGUUAAGUGGAACGAUUUGCUUUUCCAGAUAUACAGUAAUUAAACACGUAUAUCUUUACAUUAAUAAUUUAUUAUGUUUGUACCGAUGUAAAGAAAGGGGAUCAUUGGAUAAUUGCGCAGUUUAAGGAUUUUGUCAUCAGUCAUUUGCUAAUAUUCUGGAAUAACGGAGGAUAUGACACUAAAGCUUAUGAAAGCAUGCUUUUCUUGUUUAGGUUUUCUCGUGCUAGCUACAAUUAUAUUGAAAGAUGAAACAGUGUGCAAUUUGGGCACCACACUGACUUCUACACCAAAACAAAUUAGCAGUGCCACUAAGCCGGCAACACUUUACUUGAAAGGAAAAUCGAUGCUUGUGUUUGGUAAAAACUUCAGAGCAUACAUAUUUUCUGCAUUAAAGCAUUCCGCUCAAACGUUUACAGCAUUUUCAGGAAGAAAGGGACAACAUAUCCAAAAUAUGUCAGAACAUAUUGUAAUAAUGGGAUGGAUCUUGAAAGGAAACAUAUUGUUUAGUGAAUUGCAAUUAUUUUGCUGCUUUUAUCAUGUCGAUGGUAGUAUUUCGACAGUAAAAGCUGACAUACGUGUGACACAUUUUGAAAGCAAUCUAAGUAUUUUCAAUGCUUUACAGUGCGUGUGCAAAGUACAUUCUGCUGUAAGCCCUGUAAUAAAGGUUUCAAUUAAAGAAAGUGACAGCGCAUGCCCAAAUACUGUUACUCAUUAUGUGCAUGUAGAUGCCAUCCAGCAACGCCAAAUCGACGGAAUUGCAUUGUGUGCUAAGGUCCUUUAUGAUAAAUUAAACGCAAGCAUUUUAAUAGAAUGGUUUGAGGCACAACGGUGGCUAGGAGUUGAUAAGAUAUUCUGUUACAUAAAUAAAGAUUUAAAUAAUGAUGCAAAGAAUGUUAUCAAGUACUACGAAGAAACAGGACUUACAAAGGCUGCUUCAUUUGAAGUACCAGAAAUUGACACCUUUCCCCGGCAUCUCGCUGACAAAGACAGAAUAUCAUGGACGGACGCGGGCGUACCACUGCUUGACUGUCAGGAGCGAAUGCAUGAGUACAAAUAUGCAAUCUGCCUAGAUCAUGAUGAAAUUCUUAUUCCAGAAAAUAUAACACUUAAGGACUCGCUUAAAAGAUAUUUGGUAAUAACAAUUGAGCCAAUACGUUUUCUUCUAAACGGAGUAAAAUAUCCAGGAUUCGUUUCGAGAAAAUAA